CCGUACAGAAAGUGGUAAAAUUGAGGAUAAAUUCAGGUUAGGUCCUGUAGCACUCCCAAGUAAUAAUGGAAUCAUUUUCGAGAAGAGGGCUAAAUGAAUUAAAUAUUAUUUAUGUUAAUUUUAAUUUUUUCAUUCUGUAACUAUCUAUAUAUUUUUAUUCCGCAUCUGUAUAUUUUUUAUUCUGCAUCUAUAUAUCAUUUAAUUCCGCAUCUAUACAUCAUUUAUUCUGCAUCUAUAGUAUAUCUUUAUUCAUGUUUAUGCUUAUUCUAUAUGUAACAAGCUUGCUUAACUGAUUUUAACUUUUAUAAUUUGUUCAUGGAGAAUUUUGAGGCGCAGUUAAUUUAAUGCAAUUUAAUAUACACGGAAUUUUUAUUUUAUUUUAUUUCUUUAUUGUCUUUAAUAAAGACUUACAAACUUGGUAUAGAAACUAUAUGAUUAGCAUAAACCAGAAUAAUAGUUCUUCAAACUGUUUUCAAUAUCUAAUUAUUUGUAUUGUCAAUAAACACAUGGACUGUUUCUUCUUUUUC